AUGAGAGAGCGCUUUGCCUACCUCGCGACCCUCGCCCGUCGCCCUUGCUUUCUCCGCCCACUGCCCUCACCCCGCCCGUCGCCCUCGCCGCCUCGCCGCCCGUCGAGGUCGGUUCCCUCGCCCGUCGCUCUCGCUUCCCCUGCCCGUCACUCUCGCUUCCCCCGCCCACUACCCUCGCCUCGCCUGUCGCCCUCGCCGCUUCCCCGCCCGUCGCCCUCGCUUCCGCCCGUCACCCUCCCUUCCGCCCGUCACCCUCCCUUCCACCCAUCGCCCUCCUUUCCGCCUGCCGCCCUUCCUUCCCCUCGUCGCGCUUCCUUCCGCCCAUCGCCCUCCCUUCGUCUCGUCGCCCUCCCUUCGUCUCGUCGCCCUCCCUUCCUCCCGUUGCCUUCCCGUCCGCCCGCCGCCCUUCUUUUCCCUCGUCGCGCUCCCUUCCCCCCGUUGCCCCCCUUCGUCUCGUCGCUUCUCUGUCACUCGUCGCCCUCCUUCCCGCUCGUCCCCUCACAAUCCCCGUCUCUCUCUCCCCCCGUCGCCCUCUCUUUCCCCGUCGCCCUCCCAUCCACUCCUCGCUCUCCUCGCCAUCCCUCCCUUCUCCCUUCUCAUCUCGCACACUUGUCACGCCCCCUUUCCCACCUGCACAUGCACCCUUCCCACUCCCGAAUAAUCGCCUUUCACCCCCACACUGCAUACAUCUCUCCCUUUUCCCCCCAUCAAUCGCCCUGCUCCCCACCGUCCUCCCCCCAGCUCUCUCCCCGGCAUCUCCCUCGCUCCCCACGUCCUCUUCCCUGCUUCCCCCCAUCCCCUUCCGUGCUUCCCCCCAUCCCCUUCCAUGCUUCCCCCCAUCCCCUUCCGUGCUUCCCCGAAUCCCCUUCCGUGCUUCCCCCCAUCCCCUUCCGUGCUUCCCCCCAUCCCCUUCCGUGCUUCCCCUCAUCCCCUUCCGUGCUUCCCCCCAUCCCCUUCCGUGCUUCCCCCCGUCCCCUUCCGUGUUUCCCCCCAUCCCCUUCCGUGCUUCCCCCCGUCCCCUUCCGUGCUUCCCCCCAUCCCCUUCCCUGCUCCCCCCCAUCCCCUUCCCUGCUUCCCCCCAUCCCCUUCCCUGCUUCCCCCCAUCGCCUUCCCUGCUUCCCCCCAUCCCCUUCCCUGCUUCCCCCCAUCCCCUUCCCUGCUUCCCCCUAUCCCCUUCCCUGCUUCCUCCAUCCUCUCGCACUCUCACUCUCCUUCCCCCACCCUCUGCCCUGUUCCCACCUAGGAACCCCCAUCCCUGCCUUUUCCUCCCACCCUCCUUCCCCCACUCUCCUUCCUCCUGCACUCUCUCCCUCCGUCCUCUCGCACUCUCACUCUCCUGCACCCUCUGCCCUCCGUUCACAACCCUUCCCUUCCUUUUCAUGCCCUACCCUUCCCCCUCACUCCUCACCUUCCGCCCUCUAA